AAUACUGCAACGUCAUGACGAUGUUCCUGGAGUAACGUUAGAGGAAGUUAUUCCAGUAAAUUGUCGUUAACGGAAAGCAAAAGUUUGUAGAUUAAAGUCACUGAACUCAGCCGCGGGCCUCAAAAUAAACCUUUAGAACUUUUUAGCUGCAGGUUUGGAACCUUUUCGACACCAUGAUGGCGGAUGAUGACCAGCCCAAGACGUUGUACGUCGGAAACCUCUCCCGGGAUGUGACGGAGGCUCUGAUCAUGCAGGUGUUCACUCAGAUUGGACCCUGCAAGAGCUGCAAAAUGAUCAUUGAUACGGCAGGAAACGAUCCGUACUGCUUUGUGGAGUUCUUCGAGCAUAUGCAUGCUGCUGCUGCCCUGGCUGCCAUGAACGGACGGAAAAUAUUAGGAAAGGACAUGAAGGUGAACUGGGCUUCCAUGCCGAGCAGCCAGAAGAAAGACACAAGCAAUCACUUCCAUGUCUUCGUCGGUGACCUGAGCCCAGAAAUCUCCACAGAGGACGUCAGAGCCGCUUUCGCUCCGUUUGGAAAAAUAUCCGAUGCUCGUGUGGUGAAAGACCUGGCUACUGGGAAGUCCAAAGGCUAUGGCUUUAUCUCCUUCAUUAAUAAAUGGGAUGCGGAGAACGCCAUCCAGCAGAUGAACGGCCAGUGGCUGGGGGGCAGGCAGAUCAGAACCAACUGGGCCACCAGGAAGCCUCCUGCUCCCAAAUCCAACCUCGAGAGUCAGUCCGCAGGCAACACCAAACACCUGUCCUACGAGGAGGUGCUGAACCAGUCGAGCCCCAGUAACUGCACCGUGUACUGUGGAGGGGUCACCUCCGGCCUCUCAGAUCAGCUGAUGAGGCAGACUUUCUCUCCGUUCGGACAGAUCAUGGAGAUCAGGGUUUUCCCAGACAAAGGCUACUCGUUCGUGAGGUUUGAUUCUCACGAGAGCGCCGCUCACGCCAUCGUGUCUGUGAACGGGACGUGCAUCGAGGGCCACACCGUCAAGUGCUAUUGGGGUAAAGAAACAGCCGACAUGAGGGCCAUGCAGCAGAUGGCCAUGCCUCAGCAGAGUAACCCAGCCUACGCGGCUCAGCCGUACGGACAGUGGGGUCAGUCUUACGGUAACGGGCAGCAGAUGGGGCAGUACGUCCCUAACGGCUGGCAGAUGCCGGCGUACGGAGUGUACGGUCAGGCCUGGAACCAGCAGGGCUAUAAGUAAGUACACCAGCACGGCGUCCGCCACCUCCUCCACCUCCUCCUCUCCUGGUUCCUCCACGCGUUCCCUAAUCCAGGAGGGCAGAACAACGCCAGCCGGACGGACCAUUCCAUCACGAUCGAGGGGGGUGGGGGGUUUAGCGGACUCCACCCCGAUGUACAGCAUAUUCGGAUCAUUAGCCCAACCCUCGCCACCUGGUUUCCUUUUUUCUUUGGGUUUUUUCCCUUCAUCUUGUAGUUUGGACUGAUUUACACAACAGUCAGUCUUUUUUAAAGUGUCUUUUUUUGGGUUCUUUGCCUUUUUUGUAAUUAUUAAUCUCCCCACCCUGUAGUCUGAUACCCAGUUCUUCAGUAGAUCUUUUUUUUUUUCCUUCUCUCCAAUCAUUAAAAAGAAGAGUUUUCAAAGUGUUCAGAAACGUCACCCCAAUUUGUGAACUUGUUCGUUUUCUCUCUCUCUCUCUCUCUCUCUCUCACUUUUCUUUGUAUGGACACACUGCAGCUCGACAUGAUUGUUGAUUGAUUUUUUUUUUUCUUUUCUUUUAUUCACAGUCUGGUAGUUUUGUAAAAAAAUAUAUCUAUAUAAAUAAAAUAAAUGGAGGCAGUUUCCUCAGUGGCCUUGACACGCACCUGAAGUUCCCACGACUUCUCGUGAAAUAAUAACGUUCUUAAUUUAUCCAGCUUUUAACAAAAUUCAUUAACACACCCGCGUUCAUGCAACACUUUUUUUUAUUUUUCCUUCUUAAAUUCACUCGUUUUUUUUUUCUCUCCUUUCUGCGUUUAUCUACAUUUAUUACAGAUGCCACGCUGUGGAUAAUUUCAUUAUAAUGUUCAAUGCUUAUGUUAAGCUCUGAUGUUUAAACGUCCUUCUCUCUCUUUUUUUUUUUUUUUGAAAUUUAUAUAUAUAAUUAUAUAUUGUUUAUAUAUAAUUAUAAGGAUCGAUCAUCAUGUUUCCUUCAGAUGAGAAUUAAGUUUAGUUUAGUUUAGUUUAGGACGCCGGCGUGUCGUCAGUCGUGUGUAAAGAUAUUUUUGUAAUUGUGUUUAUUACGUUACCGGUUUGUUUACCAGCGUGUAAAACGUUCCCUGGUCUCCGGGGAGCCGCUCCAAACACCACGGCGUGCGGAGUUCAGGUUUAAUUAAUUGUACGUUUUAAACAUUUUUUUUUUUCCUCUCGUUCCCUCACGAGUUCCUGUCCAUUUUUUUGUUUCACAAGCGAAUGCGUCACUGUGUUGAUUUUACAAGCCAAAGAGCGCUCUUUUAACCACUCAACCACUGUAGAGAGCUCCAGUGUGCUUGGGAAAGAAACAGGAAGUCCACGUCUCCUGCUUUUCCACUUCCUGCCACAGAGCUGAGCUGUAGAUGGUCAUAUCGGAGGGGGGUGUGUGUGUCUGUGUUUCGUUUAUUAUUAUUUUUUUCCCUUCCCCUCUGUCUUUCGUCCUAUCCUCUCAUCAUGCUGUCCUUUAAAGAGAAGAGCUUAAAGCGAUUUAAAUCAGUUUCGUUUUUUUUCCCCCUUUUCCUCCUUUUCUUUUUUUUUCAGUUUACUUCUCCACGUGUUUUGGCUAAUGAAUCAAAUGUCCUGCUUUCUAGAAAUUUAAACUGUAUUUUGUAAAAAGCUGAAGAAAAAAAAAAGUACUGUUCAUCUUUUGGAUUUUUUGGGUUUUCAUUUAUUUUUUUUUUCUUCCUCGCCUCAUUCCGGAUUUCUCCUCGACUUUUGGAGGGACAUUUAAUUUUUGUGUAAAUAACUUGAUAAUCCAUUAAUAUGAUAACCAUUAAAAAGGCUGUUCCAGUAUUGAGACUCUGCAAAGUAAAAAGAAAUGACUGUGUCUAA